AUGUCUCUUAAUACAUCACAUACUCCUGAUGGAAAAGGAGUUUUAAUAUAUAAUGGUGAAAUGAUUUUAUUAUAUUGUAAAGGUGUUGUUAUCCAGUUUCCUGGUGAAAAAGAUGAUUUAUUGAAGAAGAGUGUCACUGGAAGUAUGUAUUUGACUUCACAUAGGACAAUUUUUAUUUCUGAAGGAAACUCUGACAAAGUAAAGUCUCUCUCUAUGCCAUUUCAUUGUAUGAAUGAAGUUAAAAUAGAGCUUCCCUUAUUUGGAGCAAAUUAUUUGAAAGGUUAUGCUACACCACAACCUGGUGGUAAUUUACAUAGUGAUAUUUGUUGGAAAAUAACAUUUAAUAAGGGUGGUUGUACCGACUAUGGAAGAGCACUCUUAAAAGCUGCUGAUAUGGCAAGAGCUUUCAGACCAUAUGAUGCUCCACCACCUUAUCAACAACCACAAGGAAAUGUUUUUGCUCCACCACCAGAAUAUUAUAUGGCACCAAAUGGAAAUAUGUGUGGUUUCCAAGCUCCAAGAGAUGUUUUUCCGGAUGUACCACCAAGUGGAAGUGUCUAUAUUUUUGAAGAACCACCACCAUAUAGUGGUAUUGGUGAAACAACAACUAUUUCUCAAUUUCCAUCUGAUAGUAAUACAAACCUUAACUAUAGAGGUCCAACUCCAUCAGCUCCACCAAAUUAUGAAAAUGUUAAAAAUGAAGCAGGUCCUCUUCCAUCCAAAUCAAAGAUUGAAUGA